AGUAAGCUUUCCGAGAGCCCACGGCGAAGAAUUCAAGCUCACCCAGAAGACGAAUUUGGCUCAGAGCGAAGUCGAAGAAGGCCGGCCAUCAUGUGCUGCUGCUGCUGCGACGAUGAGGAGGGCUGCGAAUGCCGGCCUCUUGGGUUCCUCCUGGGCCUCCCCUUCGCGUUCCUCUCGCUCAUCCUGUCCCUCGUCGGCAUCGUGAUCUGGAUCAUCGGACUGCCCUUGUCCUGCAUCUGCCCCUGCUGCUUCUGCAUCACGGUGGCGGUCGAGUUCGCUCUGGCCUUGAUCAAGGCUCCUAUUCUGGUCAUGAAGUGGUUCACCUCCAAGAUCCCCUGUUGAUACACAUAUGAUCUCGAACGUUUUUGUUGUCGUCGUCGUCAUCAUACAUUCGAGCUCGCUGCUCGAGAAAGACUGAUAGUUCGAAUUGAUUCAUUCGUGCGAAUUUCCGGUACAUACAUCGCUUCGCCGCGCAUUUAUUUGAUUUGCUAGAUCUUUCUUCUAA